UUGUCUAUUUGAUCCCGGAAAAAGAAUGUAAUUAACCAAUCACAAUACAGAACACACUCUAGUCAGUUUACAAUAUGUUUCAGAUCCGUGUCCAAUAGAGAAAGGAUACAAAUUCUCCAGCGACCCCCGUAUGUGUUACAGACUUGGGCUGGACAAAAAGAACCAUGAUGACGCGAUGGCUGCUUGCCAAAACGAUGGCGGAUUCCUAAUCCGAAUCGACUCGCAGAAAAAACAUGACUAUUUCGCUGAGUUGUACCAAGAAAAUGUAAUGUCAACGUCCUCGCAGCUGUGGAUAGAUGGUGACGACAGUGACGAUGAGGAUGAGUGGAGGUUUACAGACGGGACGUUGAUGACGUACACACAUUGGGCAUCCAGCGAGCCUGACCACAAUGGCGACUGUGUGCGAAUUCGACUUCGUAAUCAGAAAGUGGAAUGGUGGGACGAUAACUGUGAUCGAAUACAUGAGUAUAUUUGUGAAACACCCACCGCAUAGACGAUAUCGGAAUACUGUUAACAUGAGAGUCUCUGUACUUAAAGGAAUCCUCAACAUAGAAGCACAUUAAUAUAUAUUGUUGUCUUAAAAAUAGACACCUGGCUUUAUAAAACUUAUAAAACUUUUAGAGUCAAGACUCAAGACACUAAUAGAGUCUGAGACAGUAACGUCAUGACAUCGCUAUACACAUUGUGUGCGUGUGAUAUCAUUAGAGAUUGAGUCUGGACUCUAAAAUGUUUGAUAAGCAAUGAUCCCAGGAGUCAGACCACCUGUUCCUCGGUGGCGCAGCUGUUAAGCCAUCGGACUACAGGCUGGUAGACACAGGGUUCGCAGCCCGGUACCGGAUCAAAACCAGGGUGAGUUCUUAACGGCUCAGUGGGUAGGUGUAAGGUCACUACACCCUAUUCUCUCUCACUAACCAACUAACAACAAACCCACUGUCCUGGACAGACAGCCCAGAUAACUGUGGUGUGUGCCCAGGACAGCGUGCUUGAACCUUGUUUGGAUAUAAGCAUGAAAAUAAAGUUGAAUGUUCCUUCAGCAACUGGAAUAGUGAAACCAGAUUUGAUCUUUGGUUUUCAUCCACAAAUCCAUUGACAAAUUUAUUACUCUAAACAAUCCAUAUCACAAUAACUUUUGUACAUAUAGCUUUACUUUGUCAAACUUCAGUGUUCUCCACUCCAGCCAUAAUUAAUUUACUUUUUGAAAAUCUUACAAUACGCAAUCGAUGCAUGUGGACUAGAUGUCUUUACAGCCUCAAACUGAAUUAGAAACAUUGUAUUGUAUAUUCAUAGACAUGUAUUUAAAUUGUACUGUAUUGGCAAUUGCACUUGUUACGAAAAACAAAACCAAGACAAACUCUCAAUCAAUAAUGUAAUUAAAGUGGUUGAAGGAAAGGAAUAGUUUAGUAGUAUUUAUUAUUUUUAUCAUUAUUAAUUCAUAUUAAAAAAUCAGAUAUAAAUCAAUUAAGAAUAUUAUUUGUAUUGUCACUGAAAUAAAAGUUAAUAGUAAUUGUAUAUUGAUCGGUUCGAACUUGUCAAGGGAACAUAAAAGAAGUUGUCUUUGUUGGUCAAGCAAUUCACAUCCAAUGAACUAAUGGAUGUUACUUCCAUAAUUACACGAGGAUUCGACACAAUCAAGUUCGAUCUGCAGGUAGAGAAUUCUUCGAUUUAGGUUGGUGGUAAUCGCCAAUCUGGAUGACAUAUA